AGAGAGAGAGAGAGAGAGAGAGAGAGAGAGAGAGAGAGAGAGAGAGAGAGAGAGAGAGAGAGAGAGAGAGAGAGAGAGAGAAGCGCCUCGCUGCCCAUCCUUAUAUUUCUCUCUGCAGCUGUGUGAGCAGCGGAGGAGAGAGUGCACGUUUGAGUCUGGUGGAAGCAGCAGGGACACAUCCCACUUGGCCGACAGACCAAUGCGCUUACCUGGAGCCACGCUGGAAGGUUGAGCAGCCCGCAGAAAGUCCGUGCGCCACCGCCGACAAAUCACAGAGAGCAGGAGACCGCCUGAGUCCAAUCAAAAGCCUCUCAGACCAGGUGCAGAGUCACAACGAGAGAAAGAGAAAAAGACGUAGCCAAAGAGAACACAGUCCUCCAAGGAACGGGCACUGCUCUUGCUGCUCCAUCAGGAGACAACAAGCUGGUUCGAACCAGCAGAGUAAGGAGGCAAACCCCAGGGGGAAAUCAGCCUCCCGCUGCAUCGUCAGUCAACCAGACCCUGCGGGAACAACCUCUGGUCUUUAACCAUGUCUACAACAUCAACGUCCCCUUGGAGUCUCUGUGCUCUGUUGACCUGGACACUUCUGCAGCAUCAGGAUCAGAUUCUCAUGCUGAGCUAGGAUCCAGGCCUCCAAUGGAGGGUCCGGUUGAGCCAACAGAAUACACCGAGCAGACCAUGGACGCUGAAAGCCAGGUGACAUUCACACACCGCAUCAACAUACCAAAAGCAGCUUGUGGUGGUUGUCCAGCGUUGAACACAAUCCAGCAGCUCGCCACCAGAGUGGAGAUACUGGAGAGGGAGGUGUCCUUGCUCAGAGCUCAAUGUGGAUCGGGAUGCUGCGGGGAAAGUUCUGGCAUGGGUCGGUUGGAUUUUGUCCCAGGCUGUAGCGGUCAUGGAAGCUUCAGCUUUGAUCUUUGUGGCUGUGUCUGCGAAGACGGCUGGACUGGCAAAAACUGCUCUGAGACCCGCUGCCCUAGUGACUGCUCUGGUCAGGGAGUGUGUAUCGAAGGAGAGUGUGUGUGUGACCGUGACUUUGGAGGAGACAACUGCUCAGAGCCGCGCUGUCCCUCGGACUGCUCAGGUCGUGGCUUAUGUAUUGAUGGGGAGUGUGUGUGUGAGGAGUCCUUCACGGGCGAAGACUGCAUGGUGGGAAGGUGCCUCAACGACUGCUCGGAUCAGGGUUUGUGCAUCAACGGGACGUGCCAGUGUCGACCCGGCUAUGUGGGAGAGGACUGCUCGUUGGUGUACUGCGCAAACAACUGCAGCAAGAAGGGAGUCUGCAAGGAGGGAUUCUGUGUCUGCCAGAAUGGCUUUGCUGGGGAUGACUGUAACUCUGUGGCACCGGCCAUGAACUUGAACACACGAGGGGUAACAGACUGUACCAUUGACCUGGAGUGGGAGGGGUCAGUUGUGGUGACAGAUUUCUUGUUGACUUAUGGACCAAGCAGCCCUGCAGGUGUGCAGUAUGAGAUAAGGCUUCCAGCAAAUACAACAUCCUGGACAAUCAUAGGGCUGGAAGCAGGCUUGGAGUACAACAUCAAUGUGUUUGCUGUCAUCAACAACACAAUCAGCAUUCCUGCCAGUAUUACAGUUUGGACUUAUCUGUCCAAUCCCGAUGGUUUAAUCUUCAAAUCCAUCACAGAGACGUCUGUGGAGGUCCAGUGGAAACCGUUCUACUAUUCCUUUGAUGGAUGGGAGAUCAGCUUCAUUCCUAAAGAUAAUGAUGGAGGCAUGACUGCACAGCUGCCCAGCACCAUCACCUCAUUUGUCCAAACAGGUCUAAGACCAGGGGAAGAGUAUACAGUCAACCUGUUGGCACUCAGAGACCAGGGUCGAAGCCAGCCCGUCACUGCUUCGUUCACAACAUGUUCUGCGUCCUGGCUCGCGAUAUGAGGUGUCCGUGAGUGGAGUGAGGAAAGGAAACGAGAGCGGAUCUAUUACGACUGAAUUUACUACCGCUUUAUCGUUCUUCUCAGAGAUCGAUGCCCCCAAGAACUUACGGCUCGUGUCCAAGACCUCCACUACCCUCGAGCUUGAAUGGGAUAACAGUGAGGCUGAGGUGGAGGGCUACCAGGUGGUUUACAGCACUUUAGCAGGAGAUCAGUACGAUAAAGUCAUCGUUCCACGCAAUGAGGGAACCACAACUAAAAUCACACUCACAGAUUUGUUGCCGGGGACAGAGUAUGGCAUCGGCAUCUCUGCUAUGAAAGGUAGCAACCAGAGUACACCGGCAACAAUGAACGCCAGGACAGGUCUAGAUGUUCCCAUGGACCUAACUGUGACAGCUUCCACUGACAACACCAUCACUCUGGUGUGGGGUGUGGUCCGGGGUCCUAUCGAUCACUACAAGGUCACCUACACAUCUUCCUCUGGUGUCACUGAGAUGACAGUGCCCAAAGACUUAACAACUACCACUCUGACAGACCUUGAGCCUGGAGCCGAGUACACCAUCACUGUAGCAGCAAGAAGAGGCAGGCAGCAGAGCUCGUCAGCAACCAUAGACGCGUUCACAGGAAUCAGACCUGUGAGCCACCUCUAUGUGUCAGAGGUGACUUCAGACUCAGUGUUAGUGGCGUGGACCUCCCCAGCACCACCCGCUGACCUCUUCAUUCUGAGCUACAGCUCUGCCGACGGGACUGACACGUCUAAGGUGACGCUGGAUGGCUCCAAGAUGAGUUCACUGGUCCAGGGCCUGCUGCCGUCCACUCACUACACUGUCAGUCUAAUCACAAUACAGGGGGAUGUUACCUCUGAGCCCAUUACAACAUCACUCACUACAGACAUGGACCCACCUAAAGAGUUGACUGUGUCAGAUGUGACUGAGGAUGCGGUGACGAUCUCCUGGAUCAAACCAUUGGCUCCGUUUGAGUACUACAAACUCUCCUACCAGUCGGCCAGAGGUCGAGUGGACAGCGAGAUGAUUGACAGCGAUGUGACAAACUACACCUUGUCCAGUCUGUUUCCUGCCACCGAGUACGAGAUCAGCAUCAACUCUGUCAGAGAGAGUCAGGAGAGCACAGUUGUCAGCACGUCUGUCUUCACAGCAAUGGAUAUGCCUGCUGAGCUGACGGCCCUCAACAUCACCCCACAAGGAGCGUUGCUGAGGUGGAAUCCACCGCUUUCCAUUGUGGACAACUACGUGUUGACCAUCACACAUAACCAGUUAACAGCUGAUACCUUUCUGGUGGAAGGCAACAAGCAGGAACACCAGCUGUCCAACCUCAAACCGAGUACAUCCUACUCCGUAGCCCUGUACGCUACCAAAGGACCCCUCACAAGUGGCACCGUCAUCACAAACCUUCAAACACCCAUGGAUGCACCUGUGAACCUGACUGCCAGUGAAGUCAACCACCGCAGCGCUCUCAUUUCCUGGCAACCACCGGUCGCAGAGAUUGACAACUACAUGCUCACCUACAAGACACCUGAUGGCAGCCGUAAGGUCUUGACAACAUCCAGCGGAUUGCUGCUCAGGGCCGUUAUGAGCUGAGGAUCGACAUGAAGGACGGGCAGGAAUCAGUAUAUGCAAAUUAUGACAAAUUCUCUAUUGGAGAUGCGAGAAACCUGUACAAGCUCAGAAUAGGAGAGUACAAUGGCACUGCCGGUGAUUCUCUCAGCUACCAUCAGGGCCGACCAUUCUCUACUAAAGACAGAGACAAUGACAUCGCUGUCACAAACUGUGCCUUGUCUUACAAAGGAGCCUGGUGGUACAAGAAUUGCCAUCGAGCCAACCUCAAUGGCAAAUACGGGGAGUCCAGACACAGUCAGGGAAUCAACUGGUACCACUGGAAAGGCCAUGAGUUCUCCAUUCCCUUUGUGGAGAUGAAGAUGAGGCCGUUUAACUUCCGCAGCAUCAGCAGCAAGAGGAGACGAUCUGCCCCUGAAUAAACGACCCCCUCCCCCCCUUGCCCAGGCCACAGUCACAGAUUAAUGGAGUUUGGAACAUGCUCAGAGUUAAGUUUCCGCCAUCUACGUACACCACUGGCAGCACGGGCAGGCUGGAUUCAAACAUUGUUGAGACUUUUUAUGAUUAAAACGCACUAACCUCUUAAUAAAUUCUGUGAAAAUAACAAAUGAAUAAAAUGUUGUUAUAAUUAUGAAUGUGACAAUAGACACUCGACACUGAAUCUGAACUCUGUUGAUCUCGGCCCCUGAGCUGUCUUUUCCUGCUGUACUUCUACCCAGAUGAUAAAAGACAAUGUAUGUAAUUUAUUAGCUACGAUGAAUGACAAUGUUUGCUGUAAAAGAUUAAAAACAAUAAAAAAGCAACUAACAAAACAACAAAAACAAAGGGAAGGCAAACCAAGAUGUUUUGUUUUACUGCAAUCUGGGAUUUGCCUUUCCUCAGGAUGCUCGGAAAUGUGCUCAGAAACGCCCUCAAGAGUGAGAGUUAGCGCUACUUUAGCCAUUACGACUUUACACUUUUAACUAAAAUAUGUAUAUGCCCUUAAACCUGUUAACUGUAAUAUAUCUAUAUUUUUAUAACUAAUAUUGUGACAGAGUCCAUUUAUUUCAUAUGAUUUGAUGCCUUGAUUUUUGAGCCUUGAUUGAAUAAACCUAAAUAAGAUGACAAGUAGUGGACUUGGAUCGAAAAACUCACAUGAAAAAGCAAAUAUGAAGAUCCAGGAUCAUGGUUUGAAAAGCAGUUCACCAGCAGCAGCUUCAUUUCCUUCGGUGUUAUUUAUUUUCUGUCGACUGCUGACUACUUUGUGUUUGUUACACAUUUAGGGAAAAGUGGAAAUGUGAAUCACUAACCUUUGAUUGCUGUGCUCGCUACACUGAACACUGCAGGGUUGUUGUUCAUUCAAAUCAGUGAACUUGUUUGGUCGUUCAUGGGCAUUAACUAAUAACUGGAUUUAAUUUGAAGCUAUUGUUUCAGUUAUUGUUGUGGGUGUUAGUUGUGAUUGCUUGCAGAGACGGUGCCAAUUGAUGCAACAUUUAACCAAAGGCCUGCAUUACAGACACUCGCUCGUCAUUUCUGCCACCAAAGUCCAUGCGGCUUUUUAAUAAAGUCCCAUUCAUGGCAAACAAAGUUACCCACUCCACCCUCUGCAUCAUCCUUCUGAACUGUGAUCACUAAAUACUUUGCUGCUAGUGAGGGCAGAGCGCAUUUUAGCCUGGCUUCAAUCCUGCUGCUUGCUGAAAUGAACUUAAUGAAAGCAGGGCAGACGGUGGAGUGCAGUCAAACACUGGGCCAUUUAGUCUACUGUGACUUUCUGUCUCAGUUUUAAUGACAAAUCAUUCAAAUAACUAUUUGUCAUCAUCACUGCAAGCAAAGUUAGGAAUUGUCUAAACAGUAAAUGUGUUCAUUCUUUUCUGCUUCCGUUGCUCCUUUAAAGUUCACAUGUGUGCAUUUUAUUUACUAUUUUUAGAGUGACUCUGCCCUCUAUGACUACUUAUAUACUUACGCAGACGUAAAAACUGAGCUGUUUUAUUGUUUCUCCCUUUUCGAUGCAAACUAAUUCAGAAAGCCCUAUUAGCGUUUCUCUUACCAACGCCAUAUUUUCUAACCACUGCUGUGCUAAAGGCUGGAUGGAGUCUGCUGCAUGAUGGAGAUUGACAAAUGUCCCUAAGUUCAGUUUGACUUGUUCUCACGUUUCUUUGUCAAUCUGGAAGGACGUUGUGCUUUAAAUAGGUAUAAUUUGAUAUUUUAUGUUUUGCUGUCAAAGUAUUUUAGAUUUUUCUUAUGCAAUGAAUUUCUCAUAGUGAUUUAGAGUAGAGUAGAAUUUUCUCUGUUCUCGUUUCAUUAGCUACCUAGAUGGUGUUUCUCUCCUAGUUUUUGUAUAAAAGACAAGAGGCUCUGCAGAAAAGAAACAGACUGUCAUUUUUUUGAGAACAUCUCUGAUUGCAAAUAACAAGGUGCUUUUAUAUUUAAAAUGUUUGUUUCUCUCUUUUUCAUCCUUCAGUUUCCCAUUAUUUUCCUCUUCAUACGUUGGUUUAAAAUGUUUUUAUUUCAUGGGAUUAACACCAGGUUUUACUGCAAAUGUGUUAAAAUCAACUUAGUAAUGUUUUCUUUUUUUUUAAAUAACCUCAAUUUGAGAAAAACCCGUCUUGUCUUAGACACAUACCUCCAAUUAUGUGAAAAUCUGAGCCUCAAAGAUGUAUACUUCAUUACUAUUCAUUUUAGCAUAAUUUCAGAUUUCAUAGGUUAGUUUUUGAAAUCCAUCCAUCCACCCAUUUUCUUCUGCUUAUCUGGAGUCAGGUCACAGGGGCAGCAGCUUAAGCAGAGAGGCCCUCUCUCCAGACUCUAGGUCCAGCUCCUCCAGGGAAACCCCAAGGCGUUGCCCGGCCAGCCGUGAGACAUUGACCCUCCAGUGUGUCCUGGUCUUCCUUUAGGUCUCCCCCCAGUUGAACGUGCAUGAAAAACCUCACCAGGGAGGCGUCCAGGAGGCAUCCUAACUAGAUGCCCGAGCGACCUCAACUGACUCCUCUUGAUGAGGAGAUGCAGUGGAUCUACUUCUAGCCCCUCCCGGAUGACCGAACUUCUCACCCUAUCUCUAAGGGAGAGCCCAGACACCCUCUUGUUUAAGUGAUCUUGUUCUUUCUGUCACGUGACCAUAGAGGAGGGUAGGAACGUAGAUCAACUGGUAAAUCGAGAGCUUUGCCUUCCGACUCCGCUCUCUCUUCACCACAAGAGGCCGGUACAGCACCUGCGUCACUGCAGACGCAGCACCAAUACGGCUAUCGAUCUUGCGCUUCAUCUUUCCCUCACUCAUGUUCACAAGUGGAAGGAUGGAUGAUUAAUUUAAUUAGUUGUAUUUAACUUUUAUUGUUUUACAUCAUGUAAAGGGACCUUUGUUUAACAGUACAAUGCCAUUAUUUUCAAACAAACCCAUUAUUUGAUAGUUUAAACUAAGACUGAGCCUCAGUGACCAGGCUUUCUCCUCUAUCACUGUUUGUACAGAAAACCUGAUUUGCUUAACUGUUCUUUGUUUUCCAUGUUUAUGUCAUCCCUGUGUUUUAUUGAAGAAAAAAGGUAAAAAUGCAAUUAUUUACCUUCACGGUUUGAUUUACUGAGAAUCUGUAACUGCAGUGAUUUGAUAUCUUGCCGGCAUGGAAAUGUAAAUGCUUAAAAAUUGUUUUCUUGACUGUUGGAAAAGCUCUUAUAAGCUGAACCUUAGGAUUUAUUGUUGAAUAACCUUGGAUAUUGCUGUCAAAUUUAGCUCUAGUUUGACUUAAACCUGUACUAUAUACUCCCUUUUUUAAUACAUUUUCUACAUAUUAAUAAAAUACUCAAAAAGAAUAAAACAUUUGAUUUCUGU